AUGUUACAUGAUGUUCAAUCCUCAAAUGUAAGUAGAUCUGGAGAUCCUAUUCAUGUCACACAGUGUCCUGUUCAGGCGACAUUCUCGGCAUACCAUCAAGGUGAAAGCGAGACAAGAUCGUACCAUGAUGUACAAUACCAAUCAUAUUUUGAAGACUACCACAAGGAACGCACAAAUAACUGUGGUGCUUUCAUCUCUCAGCAUUGUUCUAGUAACAAAUCAGAGCAAAUUAAUGAGAGGCAAAGCGGAGCACCGUAUACUUUCACAGAGUCACCGUCUUCUACGAUGUGUAUAUCCCAGCAUUUCAGAUCGGGUACAAACAGCCGGUCACAAUUGGACAAUUACUGCUGGAAAUUCAAGAAUGGAAAGUGGAAACCAUUUGAUGAUAUUGAACGGAAGACUCGAGCGGGAGGAAUUUAUUUACAUCCGGACUCGCCUAGUAACGGAGCUUUCUGGAUGAAAGAAAACGUGGUUUUUAACAAACUAAAACUCACAAACAUUGCGAGAGAUGUUAGCGGACAAAUAUACCUGAAUUCAAUGCAUAAAUAUCAGCCCCGGGUUCAUGUGGUUGAAGUAGGUCAGAAUAGAGCUGGGGAUCCGGACACAUUACAGACAAAAGUGUUUCAGGAGACCCAAUUCAUAGCUGUAACAAGCUAUCAGAAUGUGGAGAUUACACAGUUGAAGAUUGAUAAUAAUCCGUUUGCUACAGGUUUUCGGGAUUCAAAACACGGAAAUGAAACUUCGAACAGAAAUAUGCCAGGUUGCCAACACAACGAAACACUUUUUUUGGAAGACAAUGUAUUAUUUCCAAGCAUAAACUCAUCCGAUGAUAGCUUUGUGUCUGGCGCGCAUAUGAUAAAAAGUGAAAAUGAGCGCACAAUAAAUGAAUGUCAUGAUCCAACAAAUGGAUAUUCCGUGUCUAAUCCUACGUAUUCGCCUUAUUACCAAAGUUCGAGCUAUUCCUCCGCGGGUGUUAUUUCAUCCACAAAUCAACAUGGCGAUUUGCAAGUAGCAAUGACGUUUAACCAGUUAAGUACCGAUCAGGAAGGGCAAUUCUUAAUGAAUAUGAGUGAUGUAAUGCGUAAGCAGCCGGAUGAUCAAAUGUACGGGGUAGAGCCUACUACAAAAACGAAUCAAGUAUUCUGGUAUGAUGUUUGAUGCUGAAUGAAUUACAGGUUAAAUCUGAAAAUGUCUAUGGAAAAGGUAAAACUGUAAAAAAAUGAAAUAUUAUUUCAUUACAAAAUUGAUACAAAAACAUCACAUAAUAAUUUAUCGUCUGUCGUAUUUACAAUGUUGCAAAACAUCACAUAAUAAUUUAUCGUCUGUCGUAUUUACAAUGUUGCAUAACAUCACAUAAUAAUUUAUCGUCUGUCGUAUUUACAAUGUUGCAUCUGUUAAAAAAAAAUUGAAAUUUGGGACGCUUUGUUUAUAAAAGAGUUGUAUUCUUUUAUAGAAAACAAGUUCGGCUGUAGAAUGUA